CAAUAAAAAUUUGGAAGGGUGUAAGGAUGAAAGUUGGAAACGUAUGUGUAAUGUGACCAGCCAGACGGAACACUCACCACAUCCGACAUGGGAUAACGUGUGUGUAGAUCAACUCGUAUGGAUGUUCAACAUACACGCAUACGGAUUUGCUUGUCUGUUCUUUAUCUUGUCAUUUUACGCCAUCUUCUCCAUUUUGAACAUAAGGGCACAAACAAAAAACAAAAAGGAGAAACCUUCUAUGGCAGCGAUUAAUGCGUUAUUACUGGUCACUGGUGUCAGCAGAGCAUUUGUUUUGUUCAUCGACCCAUACAAUACAAGACGAAACAUAUCGUCAGUAGUCACGCACUUGACAUGGGACUUGGGUUUAUGUAGUUUAGUAGCAGCUCUGUCUUUGUUGCAGCUCUCCUACAUUCAACUUACUCAGCUGCAAGCCGGCCCAUCAAACAUGAGAAGCAAAUCGGUUGUUGUCACUGCCUCUAUAUUAUUGGUUGGUUUACUGGUACCAGCAGUCAUCACCGCCGCCCUAGACUACAAACUAUGGGUAUUAGGAAAUGCAGUUCGUAUUCUAGUACACAUCUGGGGGAUUUGGCUGUGUUGUUUCUUCCUGUAUUUAGGUGUCAAAGUGAUGACACUUGUUAAACGUAUGCCAAAAUCAAUAUUGCAAAAUUUCGACGCCAGACAUAAAGGUAUAAUGCAAUUGGGUAUAUUGGCGCCGUACAAUAACCUCGCCACGUCAAUGGCCGCUGCUUUAGUACCUGCUUUGUUAGUUCCACAUCAAAAAGAUUCCAAAGAUAAACCGACGGUGAAAAUAACGGCGCCAUCAGAAGUUGCAAAUAGUUUUAACAGAAUGAACAGAAGAGCUAGUAGUUUUGUGCAAAGGCAAAAAAGAUCUGGUUCCUUAUUAAGUCCGACCACGCCGUCGAGACGAGCAAGCGAGGUCACGAGCAUCAUACAAAAACGAUUGAGCUGCGUUGAGGGGAGCAAACAGUUUUUGGCAUUGAGUCCCGGCAACAGUACCGCAGAUGAACCAGAAGAAAAUUCGUGGCGCAAGAGUUUUGCUAAAUCGAUUUCAUGGCAAUUCCCGAAAACGGGAGAAUCCGAUAAGGAAACGUCGCCCACAGCAUCGUCGUCGCUGCUUACUCCUUUACAACCGCAGAGAAGCUUUAGGAUUAAAUCGAGUGGGGCCAUCGAUCAGGAAACUAGACCCACUACAAGACACUCUAGCAGUUUCUCAGACUUGAAGAGUUCAGAGAUGACACUGAGUACGAUUUUGAAUCAUAUUGCGUUUGUUAACCGAGGUAGUAGUCAGGCUGGUGAUGCCAAAACGGAUAAUGCUAGGAGACGUGCUUCAAAGGUGACUGUAACCAAGUCCGAAGUCGUUAUGGUAAUAAGGGUCGUUCACGUGUGCGCUGCACUUGCCAUGUUGUUAUGUAUUUUUAAUUUUGCAACUGAAAUUAAUUUGAUCGGUGUUUACUCUCAUAAAAGGCCAUGGUGUUGGGUUAUAUUACAGACUAUGAUCAGGUCAUUGGAGUUAUCAUUAGCUUGCAUGUUGGCAAAUCUUACCAAACAACCGGUAAAUGUUGUUCAUCACACUCAAUACACACAUCCACUUCGAGCAAAACUACGUGGAUCGUUUUUUAUUUGAAACUGGAGAAAAGCAAUAUCUAUUCAUAAGACCGUAAAGGUCAUCUGGGUUUUCAAUUGUUAAAUUAGAAAAAAUGCCAAACAACAAUCAUUAAGUUAAUAUAAGUCUGACGAAUGCAGAAAUGGACAUGGGACCAUUAACCAAAAUUAUAUUUCACCAGGUUUCAUACGUCGCAAAAAAUGAUAUAAGAUUAUUAAUUUUUUUUGCAUUUACUUUAGUUUCUUUAGUGACGUUCAAUUGAGAAGAAUUUGUUUAAUUUUCAAUCCUCUCUUGGUGCAUUAAUUAACAUUUCGUUAUAGAAUAAAGAUUUAUAGUGUGAUCAUUAUAAAAAUUUAACACACCACAUAUUCUAACUCAUAUUAUAUCAUUUUACUAUUAUAAAAUAGUAAAAAUAAUGAAUUAAUUAUGAAAAAAUGGGUUUGAGCAGAAAGGACAAGUUACCACAAAAAGUACCAAUUAUCAAAUAUAUUUAUAAAUAUUAGACAGUAAGUGAAAGAACGGGCAAUAAUAAAUAUAAUAUAAUAUAGCUUUGUAUAUAAAAAUUGUAUUUUAUUUCUAAGAUUACUAUAAUAUUCAGUGCCGUAUUUUAAUGCUAACAUUUAAGAUUGAAGCCAAAAAAAGUACUAUUUACUAAUAUUUUUAAGUAUAUCAAUUUUUUACUUGAAAAAACAAAUGAAAUUUUUUUUAUAAAUCGUAAUAUUUCUUUAAAUGACUAUAUAGUGACUUUAAGUGACUAUAAAAUUGUUUGAUUAUAAAAAUUAGUGCUAUUGAAUUCUUUUAUUUGUUGUAAAAGUUCAUUAUAAGUAAUAGUCAUCUCAAGACAUAAGUUUAGAUACGUACCAUUUGCUUUUAUAUAGUCUACAGAUCCAAAAUAUGGCACUGAUAAUAACUAUUAAUAUUAAGACUAUUAAGGAUAAUAACUUCUUACUUUUCUCACUUUACUUAAGUACAUAUCCUACGUAGCAUAUAUAGAAUGUUAAAACAAUAAUUACUUUUAAACAAAUUGUCAAUUAUAUUUUGUAGUUGUUUGUAUAUAAUCUUAUCUUAGAGUAACGAGCAUUGAAUAAAACAUAUGAAUAUAUUAGACUCCAAUUGUUCUAGAUGAUAAAAUUCUAUGUAAACAAAAAUAAUUAAUGGUAUUUUCAUUUAAUACCACUAUUUUUCUACUUCUAUGUAGCAAAUAUGUCAGGCUAGACCUAUUUAGUCAGUAAUGUUAGUAAAAUUUCCAAAUUUUUAAUAUAAUACAUAAAUCAAACUCCAAUCAAAUAUUAAUCUUAAAUAUGUAAGGAUAUUUAUAAUCUCUUUAUUAUAUAUACCUUAGAUUGAAAGAGUGUACCAAUCAAUAUUAGGCUUUCACAUUUAUUUUCUAACAUAAACCAUUACUAUUAUAUUUUUUGUGUAUUCAUUUAUAUGAAAACAGUGUACUUAUAGUGAUAAUUGAACUUAGUUUUAUUUAAUGUACAAAUGUAUUUUUUUUAAAGCAUAUGUAUAAAAAAUUGUAUUCUGUUAUCCUAAAAAGUAAGGAAUUGGUAAAUAGACUCUUUUAAUUCUAGACCAUUUAUACAUAAUUAUUAAGAUGUACGAUAAUAGUUAAUCAAGUUACAUGCGUGUAAACAUACAGAGUAGUUCUUGUAUAAGUAAACUUUGAUAUUUGCGAUAAAUUCCAAACUGCAAUAACUAUUAUUUGCAAUUUAUCACUGAAGUUAAUUUUUAUAAAUAAAUAUGUGGAAAAUUCUGAUAUUUAUUUUUCUAUAACAAAGUUUAUAAAUACAAUAGUUACUUACCGUAUUCUUUAAAAAUACAAAUGCCGUAUUGAUUUUGUAAAUUUCAUAAAAACACUUAAUAUUCAAUACAAGAAUACCGAUAAAUAAUUGUGUCUAAAGGCAAAUUUUUAAUAAGACAAAAUUUGAGGGGCCCUUACACAUAUUAAUAAGCACCUUACAUAAUAAUAUUAAAAUUUUGAUUUUCAUGGCUUUUAUAAUUAUUUAACUUUUUUUCUAUUGAAACUAUGUUGUAAUACUGUAAUUUUAAAUAUAAGUUUUAAAGUAAUAUUUACUGUCUGUCAUUCUUCAUUACUGAGUAAACCGUGGUAAUGCUAGAAAAUUUCAUUUUAAAAAAUGCCCCUUGAAAUAUUAUCCUUUAAGAUUACAUUCGCUUAUAUCAUACCACUCAUUUAAUUAAAACUAUCAUAAUAAAGCAAACAUAUAUAAAUUAGUUUCUUUCAUACACUAAAGUAUGUUAUUGUCAUGUGUUGUAAUAAAUAAGAAUAAUUAGAUAGGUUAAAUAGUAAUA